AUGAAGUCUCGCUUUGUGAAGUUUGGCGUUGUGGUUGGAGCCUUGGCAUGGGGGGAGCCAGGCUUUGCUGGCCCGCUCUUCUUGUGGUCACCAUGGCGCAGCAAACUGCUGCAACCGCUGCACAGGCAGCAACUGCUGCAGCAGGUUCUGGAGACCUCGGGGUCAAGGAGGCGGACGGACCUCUUGAGAAGCUUGGUGCAGAAGCCGGAUGUGUUCCGGCCAGAAACCCGCGAUGCUGAAGUCGACGGGUGGACAGAGUGGAAAUUUGGCAUGCGGAACUACCUGGGCGUGAUCGACCCUGGCUUCAUCAUCGACUUGGACGAGGUGGAGCGCCAUCCGAACAGGCCCAUCGAUAUGGGCACCAUCGACGCAGCGGCUGGCAGGCGGAGCUUGGAGCUGUGCGCCAUCCUUCAAAGCUUUGUGCGACACAGGCCGGCUAAGCUGAUCAGAGCGGUGACCCAUAACAACGGCUACGAGGGCUGGCGAAUCCUGGUGACGGAGAUGCAGCCGUCUACAAGACCGCGGCAGCUUGCGUUGGCCAACCAGUUGGCCAAUGUGAAGUUCGACCCCAAGGUUCAAAUCCAUAUGAGUCUCAGCUCUGAAACAACAUAUCAGAAGCUGAAAGAGCAAGUCAUCGCGUACGAACGCUCAACCACUCGGUGGCAGCCCAAUGCCACGGGCCUGGCCCUUCCAACCACAAAGUCCCUGGAUAGUCCUCAACCCAUGGAGAUCGACUCGAUCACCUCCAAAG